CCAUCUCCUUCUUUUCUUGUUAAUAAACACUUGCAUUCGAAUGUUUCAGAAAUACUCUUGAUUCAUUAUUUUGAUACGGAGCUCCAUUGACGAAUGCCUGCCUCUAAUAAAUAUCAACACAGCCACAAUCAAACACACACAAAUACACACAAAUACACCUGGGCACUCAUCAGGAGCGAUUUCUCCAGUUUAUCGUUCUUUUACUUGAAUCCUUCACGAAUUGAGAUAUAAAAAUGAAUCGCCGAUCCCAUAGAAAGUCGAGGAAGGGAUGUUUGCAGUGUAAAUCAAGACAUAUCAAGUGUGAUGAAACUCAUCCAGAAUGUGUCAAUUGCAAGACGGCGAGUCACACAUGCUCUUAUAAGAUUACUGCAAGCACCAAUACCAGCAAGGUCACGACCCCAGAAUCAACAUUUACCAAUUCACCAACUCCAACUUCCCAAAGUGACCCACAAAUACCACAUGGGCCCUUGUUGCAACCGGAACCUCCAUCAUUGCCCCCAUCAUUACCUCAGUCAUAUGUGAACUUCACACAUCUAGAGCUGUUACAACAUUGUUAUGAAGAUCGAGAAUUCAUGUGGGAUGGGCAAUUUCGAGACCAUACUUUCAGGAUAAUCAAACAUGCUCAAAGGGCCCCGUUUCUUAUGUACGAGCUUCUUGCUUGCUCAGCACUGCAUUUGAGUAUCAUUCGUCCUGAUCAAUUCCAAUUUUAUCACGAUGAAUCUACAAUAUUGCAACAACUAUCAAUCAAAAUGUUUAACGAAUCGGUACAAGAGGUGGAUCAUGAAAAUCUGAUCCCGGCCUUUGUGUAUUCCGGAAUUUUGGGACUUCAUUUCUUUGUGGACACAUUUUCUAUGCCUGGUUCGGACUUGAAUCAAUUCAUUGAUAAACUAGUUCAAGCGAUUAAAUUGAUGCGUGGAGUGAGAGUUUGCUUCACUGGGUGGUGGGAUGUUUUAAUGGAAUCUGAGAUUCGUGAACUAUUGCAAUUUGGCAAUGCAGAUUUGGAGCACACUGAUGAAUAUGUGGACCAUCUUCUCGCACUUCAAGAAAAGCUACCUGAGAUUCCUGGUAUGGAGGAAGCGGAACUCGGGGUGUUGUGUGAUACUAUACAUCAGUUAAAAUGGGUGUAUAUAUCAAGUUUCUUUGAGAUUCAUAAUGGAAGUCCUCAACCUAGAAUGAUUACCACAUGGCCAAUUACGCUGCCAAAGGAGUAUACAGAUCUUCUCGAUGAAAGAAGGCCCGGAGCAUUGAUUGUACUAGCGUAUUAUAGUAUUCUACUACACGUUUGUCGAGACAACUGGGCAGUAGGCAAUGCUGGGAAAUUACUGUUGGCAGUGGUCGAAACUUAUCUUGGUAGAGAUUGGGAAUCAUGGUUGGAAUGGCCUAGAUCGAAAGUCCCUGAAACUGUUUGAACUUUGCAAAUUUGAAUCAGACGAAGAAGGGAAAGCUCUAAAGAAGGAUAUCAUGAAAUAUCAGCGCAAGAACGGUUUGGUGUGGAUCGCACAUGGCAGUAGUCUUCGUUGACGCCAUUGAUUAACAUGCAGGACCCGGGGAGAGUAUUUCGAGCGUGGCUUUUAAAUCAUUUGGAUAUAUUCGCUGGAGAUGCCAUAUAUCAAAAUCUGUGUGGUCUCCUCGAUUCAAAUACAAUAGAUAAAAGCCACAUAAUCAGGUAGAAUCUCUCAAAACAAUAACAAUAUCAAAAAAUAUCAUAGAAGUUUCCAAGACAAACAGCCCAUCCAUACAGAAU